GACCAGUACGAGUGGACAGAAGAAAUGGAACGGGAAGCCCAGAAUAUGAUAGAUCUGGCAGCCCAAGAGCCCGUGCCGGAAGAAAAGCGAGAACAAUUUCUUCAGAAUGCAGCCAACUUUUGGGACGAAUUUUACGACCACCACGAGAGUCAUUUCUUUAAAAACCGCAAGUGGCUCACUCGAGAGUUCCCGGAGCUGCUGGACCGCUCGCUGGCGUCAGGACCAUUCCGACCGACAGAACACGUACAAUUUCCCGGCCAGUCCGCUUCCUUGCGAAUUCUGGAGGUGGGAUGUGGAGCCGGAAACAGUGUUACCCCCAUACUCGAAGCCAAAGAACGCGGAGUCGAAGACACCUUCGUCUACGCAUGCGACUUCUCCGAAAAGGCGGUUGCCCUCGUGCGCAGUUCCUACCUCUAUAAGCCCGAGCACUGCUUGGCCUUUCAACAGGACAUUUCAAAGCCCAACCUCACCUGGCCCUUCCCACCAGGCAGUAUCGAUGUGAUCUGCAUGAUCUUUGUCCUCUCUGCUAUCAGUCCGGCCGAUUUUUCGCAGACCGUACGCAACCUGCGAGUUUGUCUGCGUCCUGAUGAAGUACGAAAACUUUUCACGGAGGCCAGCCUCGUGGAGGUGGAAAACCACAUGGAUAGGCGACUUUUGGUGAACCGUCGUCGAAAACUUAAAAUGUAUCGCGUUUGGUUGCAAUGCAAGUACCAGAUGCCGAAGGAGUAG